AGCAGCAAGCUACCCUACAGAGUGGAGAUCUUCAUUUUUGCACAGCGAAGGAUACUUAAAUAUGACAACAAACGAGUUGUACUUGGGGGCAGUGGAUUUGCGGUGUGAGGCCAACAACACCGAGCAUCACACCAUCGAAAUCGACAAGGACAGGCUGCUGGUUCGGAGAGGACAAGAAUUCCGCUUGCAUGUGGAAUUUAAGCACCGAGCAUUCGUGGAGGGCGAAGACCAGCUCGCAAUCCUUCUGGACACAGGACCCGCACCAUCAGAAGCCGACGGGACUCGAAUUAAAGUGCUGAACUCCGGAGUGAAGUGGGAUAAGUGGACAUUCCGUCUCCAGUGCACUCCAGGACAUAUCCAUCUGGCCGUGCAUAGUCCAGCCAAUGCCUGCACUGGCUAUUAUCAAAUCUAUCUGAUACUCUACCCAACCGGAGGCGAAUCUAUUCAACGGAUCACCGCAGGAGAUUUUCACCUUCUCUUCAACCCCUGGUGUAAAGAGGAUGCUGUGUACCUGCCUGAUGAGGACCUGCUGCAGGAAUACAUCCUGAAUGAGAAUGGACUGCUCUAUCAUGGCUCAUAUGCCAACAUCUACACGUUACCAUGGAAUUUUGGACAACUUGAAAAAGAUGUUAUCGAUAUUUGCUUUCUAAUUUUGGACAACAGCUUAUCUGCACUUAAAAAUCCACUGGCUGAUGCACCAAGAAGAAAUGAUCCUGUAUAUAUCAGCAGAACAGUGACUGCAAUGGUGAAUGCAAAUGAUGAUAAAGGUGUGCUUUUGGGAAGGUGGGAUGGUAAUUACUCUGAUGGGAUCGCCCCCACCAGAUGGACUGGGAGUCUCCCGAUUUUACGCCUGUGGACUAGUUCUGGGGCUGAUAAAGUACGAUACGGGCAGUGUUGGGUCUUUGCUGCUGUAGCUUGCACAGUUCUGAGGUGCUUGGGGAUCCCAAGUCGUUGUGUUACAAACUAUUCCUCUGCUCAUGACACAGAUGGCAAUCUCAAAGUGGAUCAGUAUUAUAGUAGUGAAGAUUACUCACGUGUGCCUUCAAAAAAGAAAGAUAUGGUCUGGAACUACCACUGCUGGCUGGAGGCAUGGAUGACCCGUCCUGACCUUCCUCCUGGCUAUGAUGGAUGGCAGGCUUUGGAUCCUACUCCACAAGAACGGAGUGACGGCAUAUUCUGCUGCGGCCCUUGCCCUGUCAAAGCAAUAAAGGAAGGUCAUGUGGAUAUGAAAUAUGAUGCUGUGUUCAUCUUCGCCGAGGUCAAUGCAGAUGUGGUUUACUGGCUGGUAAACAAAGAUGGAUCGAAAAAAGAGCUGGGAGUCAAACAGCACCAAGUUGGAAAACAGAUCAUUACAAAAAGUGCCUACACAGAUGAACGAGAGGAUUUAACACAUGAUUAUAAAUACCCAGAGGGUUCUGCAAAGGAACGGGAAGUCUACAACAAAGCAGGAAUGAAAAUCAGGUCUACCAACAUACAGCAGAAAGAUUUAAAGAUCAGUAUUAAAUAUGCCCAGCCAAUCCUUGGAAGUGAUUUUGAUGUCUAUUUCAGCAUUGUUAACCAUGGUUUUAUGGACAAAGAUAUCCAUUUAACCCUAACUGCAACCACUGUAACAUACAAUGGGUUCAUUUUGACAGAAUUCAGCAAGAGGUCAACUACGUUUAUGUUAAAAGCUGCCACAGUUCAGAAAGAAGUUCUGAGACUGAAGUACAAAGACUACGGUGAACAUCUCUCUGAACACAAUUUAAUUCGGCUGACGGCCAUGCUUACAAUUGAAGGCACAUCUGAAGUGAGUCUUAAGGAGUGCAAUGUUGCUCUGAACCUGCCUCAGCUCACUGUGAAGGUGGUUGGUGAACCAAUCCUGUACAGAGAGCUAACUGUCCAAAUAAAGUUUGUAAAUCCUCUUCCCAUCACAUUAACUGGAGGCAUCUUCAGUGUGGAAGGCACCGGACUCACAGAUCUAAAGGAAAUUAAAUCUCCAACUGCAGCAAUCCAUCCUGGACAAGAGGUUGUGGUGAAUGCGUCCUUCAAACCAACCAAGACUGGCUUACAGAAACUGAUGGUGGAUUUCGACAGCAACAGACUCCGCGAUGUUAAAGGCUCCACCAACAUUAUUGUCAGACGGGCUUAGCAAAUGGUCAUUGGUAUUUUAUUAAGUAUUUUAAUCCAUGGAGGAAUCCGCAGGAGGCCAUUCGGUCAGUCAACUCCAUGCCAGCUCUGCAAAAGCAAUAUAGCUAGUCCCAUUCCUACCCCUUCUCCUAUAGUCCAGCAAAUCUUUCCCUUCAUGUUUUAUGUCAUUAAUAUUGUUUCUCAAUAGAAUGGGUAGCUUUAAUAAUUCAAGCAUGAAUCAAAU